AUGAACAAACUUUGGAACAUCACUCUGAGCCUCGCCAUACUCGCCCACGCUGCUGUUGCUGCUGCACAGAACAGCAGUGCUUUUCUCGACGCCCUUCGGUACGACCCCAAUCUUUCUGAGCUGUCUACAUGGAUCGAAGCGAAUCCAGAUGCCAUGCCCGAAAUCCCACAAGGAAAUUACAACUUCUUAGCUCCCACGAAUGAUGCUUUCCAGAACCUCAUGUCUGGCGGAGAAUCCCUGAUAAACCUCCUCAACUCUGCGGAAACACAAUAUCUCAAAGACCUCUUCAACUAUCACAUGAUCCGUCUACCCAGAGAUUUCAUGAUGGCUGAAGCUGAGCACGCCUUUCUCGAGACCGGCUUGAGCUACGAAGGCGCCUCUCAGCACUACAUGAUCGAGGCGUACCGAGAACGGGGUAUCGACAACGUAGGCAUCCUCUUCACUUCAGGCUCGUUCGGCAACAUGAGCGAGGUGGCUCAGGACGGCAGGAUCUACGUUGGGGAAGAUUUCAACUCCGGUGUCAUCACGACCGUUAAAGAAGUACUCACGUUGCCACAGCCUCUAGUGUAUACGCUCAUCAACCUGACCGAGAAGGACUUGAGGCAAGGGUUCGACAAUUGCAGCAUCUUCAGCCGACUCUUCGCAGAUGGGACGGAUCAAGAAGACUACCUGGGCCUCUCCGGUCCAGCUACCUUCUUGGUCCCAAUCAACACGGCUUUCGAGCAUGCGUCAGUAGCUGACGUCGAUGCAAUGUCCACAGAAAAGAAGUUCCAAAUUCUCGGCAAUCACCACAUCCCGUCCGAGGCUGCAUUCUUCCAGACUAGCACACAAGAUCUUUUACAGAGCCAGGGCGUAAAGGUUGACGAAACACCCGUUCUUCGAACUACCAACGGCAGUGAGGUCCGCCUCACUUUCGAUCCAAACCGGCAAAAAUGGAUCAUCAAGCACGAUAUGAACGAGGCUCAAGUUCUAGUGCCCAAUUUGGUAGUCAAGGGCGGCGUUGCGCACCUGGUCUCUGCGGUACUAGGUGUCCCUGAAGCAUCCAACAACACGUCAAGCGCACAAAGUAGUGGAGCCAUGGGAUCUUCCAGGGCAAGCUGGCACGCUCUUGGAAUUGGUUGGUGUGCUGCGGUACUGGCCAUGUCUAUGCCCCUUUUGUGA